CACGCGUCGGGGCUCCCACUCCCACUCUCACGCCCACAUUCCGCGGACGUCGUGGAUCCACAGCGCGGACAUGUCGAUGUUCUCCCCGCGGACGGCAGCGCUGCGGCGGCGCCUCAAGAGCCGUGAUUGACCCGAGUCUGCAGCUCUCCUCUCAGGGAAAGUGGCCCGCGGCCCUCCCGCGACCAAGGGCCUGCCGGGCGUCUCUCAUCCAUCCCGUUCCUGCUUCGCGUCCCCCGUCAUGAAAGGCAUUUCGAGUAGCCGGAGUCACCACCAUUUGGUGUCCUACGGCCCACCGUACGAUCCACCCGGUCAGCAUGUGGAUCGCAAGCCAUACUUGAUCCGGCAGGUGGACAUGCCGGUUCCCAUUGCCGUGCCACAACCCGCCGAGCUGGCUUACUACAACGCUCAGCGCACCUCGUACCUCUCCGACAAUACCAGCGUUGUCCCAUACGGAACCUUUCCCAGACGGUGCUAUUCCACCUCCUCGUCUCACCACCCCGAGGUAAAGGAUGAGUGCAUGGCCAUGGUACCCUAUGUCGGCGGAGGAGGGCCGGGCUACGGAAGUAAAACUCCAACCCGAGUACCGGCACACUUUGCCGAGUUUGAGCGCCAGUCAUCGAUUUCCAGAGAUGGCUACCAUACGCUGCAGUACAAACGAGGGAUGUUGGCCCAGAGUGGGGAGACGGGGUCCAACAGCAACAAUGACAGCCCAGGAAGGAUUCGCCAUCUGGUCCAUUCAGUCCAGAAACUUUUCACCAAGUCCCACUCAUUGGAAGGGCCCCACCACACACCCCCCAUGAAGGGGGGGAAUAAUGGGAGUGUUAAUGGUGGUGGAGUAGGAGGUGGUGGUUCAAGGGCCAGUCCAGAGGGUGAAACUCCACCAGUGGGAGUGCACCAGCGGAAGCGCAGCAAGAGUCGCGAGCGCUGUCGAUCAGCCGAGCCCAAACAUCGAAUCCACCACCACCAUCACCACCAGCUCCAAGGCUCAGCAUCUGCGCCGGGCUCCGGAUACUGGAGCUCAGAUGACAACCUGGAACGGGAGCUGUGUCUCUACCACCCUCACCACCACCAACCUCCACCCUCACCUUCACCAUCCAUUUCCCCUUCACCGAUCACAAUGACAAUGGGCCGGUACCCUGGCAACAACCCUGACAAGUUCCCGCUGAGUCCCCUACCCAACCUUGCCUCUUCGCAGUCACAGCAGUACUUCAUGAUGGACCCUUAUGGCACGAUCACCGAGCACACCCACACCCACGCACACCACGGCCUCUCACACCACCAUUCUGCCCUCAAAGUCUCCAGGAGCAACAACGACGUCAAGUAUGCAGCACCAUCGUCUUGUCUGCCAGUUAGUGGUAGCAGCAAUAACAUCGGUGGCGGUACCGUCGGAGGAAGUGGUCCCUUGGUGCCUCUGGGUCUUGUCGACGGACCCCUCGUGAAGAAAGGGGCAUGGUCGUCAAGCCUAACGGUGAGCAGGGCCCGAGAGGUCUACACCAACAACAGCAGCCACAACCAACUCCGAGCCAGCGCAGGAUCUGUAAAUCUAAACCUAGAUAGAGCUCUAGUCAAAUCUAAGGGCAGUCAGCAGCAGCAGCGCACUUGCCAUUUCCUACAGGUACCUCAGGACGAGUGGAGUGGCUUCUCCCCCCUAGGGAAGGAGGAGGACAUUCCGUGUCGGCGGAUGAGGAGCGGCAGUUAUGUCAAAGCCAUGACGGAGGACGACAGCGACUCAGACGGAAGUCCCAAGCCUUCUCCCAAGAUGCAAGCACGACGCGCCAGCUACCUGAAAGCCACACAGCCGUCACUGACUGAGAUGACCACGCUACAGAUCUCGUCGGAACAUUCCCCCAAGCUGCAGAUCCGGAGCCACAGUUACCUGCGUGCGGUGAGUGAGGUUUCCAUCAAUAGAAGCCUGGACACCCUGGACCCCAAAACUCUCCUCGACCCCAAAUCGCUGCUCUCCUCACCCCAAUACCGCUCACGCAAUGAAAGCUACAUGAGGGCCAUGAGCACCAUCAGUCAGCUGAGCGAGCUGGAGUUGAACGGUCAGAUGGAGCAGGUGUGUGAGCAGGUGUACAGCCAGCUGCAGGCGCAGGCCAUGGAGGCGGCCAUGGAGGGCAUGGACACCCUGCCCAUGCCCUCCAUGCCCUCCAUGCCCUCCAUGCCACCAGGCUGCUUCCGCAUGCGCAGCCACAGCUACGUACGCGCCAUCGACCAGGGCUGCAGUGCCGACGACCACCACCAGGGGGAGGGUGGGCGCCCGCUGCUCCUGCUGCCCGCCUCCCCGCCCAGGACCUCCGCCACCACCGUCAGGACCAUCCAGAGCAGCACAGUUUCAUCCUGUAUCACCACGUACAAGAAGACUCCCCCACCCGUGCCGCCGAGGACCUCCACCUGCUCCACGUCCUCCAAGCCGUACAUCUCUAUCACAGCACAGAGCAGCACGGAGUCUGCGCAGGACGCGUACAUGGAGGAGGAAGGACCAAGAGGGGACAUGACCAUCCAGUCAGGGCUCAGCAACUCCACUGAAAGCAUCGACAGCAUGAAGGCACUGACGGCGGCCAUCGAGGCGGCCAACGCCCAGAUCCACGGACCAGCGAGUCAGCACGUGAGUCACAGCACCAUGACCAGCAGCACCCACGUGCCUUCAGUCCUGAGCCGGGGUCGGAUGGUUGGAGACCACCGUGAAGAGUACAGGAAAGAAGCACUCAGGAAGGGAAAAUGUCUCUCAAUAGGGAUUCAGGUAGAUGGACCAGAGGAGAUUCAGGACCCAGAGGACCCAUCCAAGUUCACUUCUGUGGGCGUCCAAGUAGAGAACGACAGAGGGUACCGCCGCUUCCAGCGCUCCAACAGUGUGACCACGGCUGUACAAGCGGACUUGGACACACCAGACCUGCCGGAGACUCCUCUGGACUCUCCCGACACCGACAUGGAGGUCUUGUCGUCCGCCGCACUUUCCCGCCAGUACUCCCGCGAGGCCGCCGCCUCCUCCGCCUGCGCCUCCGCCGCCUCCUCCACGGUCAGCAUCCAGGGCUCAGGGAACCAUUACCACGCCUGUGCCUCCGACGACUACGAGGACGUGGGCUUCGACCCCUCCAUCCUGCCCCCGCCGGACCCCUGGAUCGACGGCGUGGGCGAGGACCCGCCGGAAGUGGGCUUCAACAACUCGGCCAUCCUGGAGGCGGUGCAGAGGUCGGCGUGUCAGCGCGACGGCCGCUGGUUCCUGAAGCUGCUGCAGGCGGAGACGGAGCGCAUGGAGGGUUGGUGUCGACAGAUGGACGCCGACCAGCAACAACAAGAGCUUCCGGACGACGUUGUCGGCAAGAUGCGGAGUGCGGUGGGGAGUGCUCAGCUGCUGAUGUCCAAGAAGUUCCAGCAGUUCCGGGAGCUGUGUGAGGAGAACUUGAACCCCAACGCUCGCCCUGGGCCCGGGGCCUCGGACCUGGCCGGGUUUUGGGACAUGCUCCAGUUGUCCAUCGAGAACAUUAGCCUGAAGUUUGACGAGCUUCAUCAGCUGAGGGCCAACAACUGGAGGCCCCUGGACCCCCCUGAGAGAAAGGAGAGACGGCUCCCGCCGCCGGUGCCCAAGAAGCCCCCGAAGGCCCCGCAGCAGCAGCAACAACACCCGCCCCUGGCCAGAGAGCGCUCGCUGGAGAGCUCGGAGAAGCAGCGGCAGGAGGCCAGGAAGCGUCUGAUGGCGGCCAAGAGGGCGGCGUCCGUGCGGCAGAACUCGGCCACCGAGAGCGCCGACAGCAUCGAGAUUUACAUCCCCGAGGCGCAGACCCGCCUGUGAGACGGUUCCGGUGGAGGGGGGGGGCGUGCUCCACCUUUACGUGUCCGCAGCCCGCCAUCGAGCUUUAGUCUUAGUUUUGGUACUCACACUGGGCCUCAUUCAGCAAUCACUCCUCAAGGAACCUGUCAAACAUUUUCAACAGCACCUUUGGUUUAUUUACCACUAGACUCAAGAAUAUUUAUUUAUCCAUGGAUUUAUAUUUGUAUUUAGUGUUUACCAAAAAAUAUAUAUAUUUAUGUAGUCAUUUAUUACCAUUAGCUCCCAAUAUUUAUGUUUUUUGUGCAUUUAAAAAAAUAAUAUUUUUUUAUUUGUUUAUUUACUACUGAUAAUUCCUUUCUUUUAUUUGUUUUUGUGAUUUAAAAAAUAUUUAUUCAUUUAUUCCCUUAUUUUUAGUAUAUAUUUAUUGGUUUAUUCAUUUAUUUAUUUACUACUGGUAAUUAACUAUUUGUAUUUGUUUUUGUGAUUAAAAAAAUAUUCAUUAAAUUAUUCAACUAUUAUUAUUUAAUUAUUUAAUUAUGAAUUAAUUUAUUUAUAUUUUUUGAAAUAGUUUUAUAUUUCAGUUUUUUGUGCAUUUAAAAAUAAUUAUUAUUUAUUACCAAUAGCUUUCUACUUUUAUGUUUUCUGUGCAUUUAAAUUUAUUUGUUUAUUUACUUUUUUAUUUAUUCAUUUAUUCAUUCAAUCAUUUAUUUAUUUUUUAAUGAUAGUUUCCUACUUGUAUGUGUUUUUGUGCAUUUAAAAAUAUUUAUUAAUGACUUAAUUAAUUUGUUAAUGAAUUAAUUUAUUUAUUUAUUUAUUCAUUUAUUAUUCAUUGAUUCGUGUAUUUAUUUAUGUGCAUUUUUGAUCUAUAGUUUUGUAUUUUGUUCAUUUAUUUAUUACCAAUAGCUUUCUAUUUUUGUGUUUUCCGUGCAUUUACAUUUAUUCAUUUAUUUAUUUAUUUAUUUAUUUAUUCAUUUAUUCAUUCAUUUAUUUAUUCAUUCAAUCAUUUAUUUAUUUUUUAACAAUAGUUUCCUACUUGUAUGUGUUUUUGUGCAUUUAAAAAUAUUUAUUAAUUACUUAAUUAAUUAAUUUAUUAAUUUAUUAGUUCAUUAAUUUAUUAAUUAAUUAUUCAUUGAUUCAUGUAUUUAUUUAUAUGUAUUUUUGAUCAUUUAUUUAUUACCAAUAGCUUUCUAUUUUUGUGUUUUUUUGUGCAGUUAAAAAGUAUAUAUAUAUAUAUUUUUAAUUCAUUUAUUUAUUUAUUGUUUACUGAAAGUUUCCUACUUAUAUGUGCUUUUUGUGCAUUUAAAAUAUAUAUAUAUUUAUUCAUUUUUUUCAUGUAUUUAUUUAUUCAUUUAUUUAUUAUUUAUUUGUUUGUUUAUUUAUUUAAAUUAUUUACAUGUUCUUUUUUACCACUAGUUUUGUAUUUCAGUUUUUUUGUGCAUUUAAAAAUAUAUAUUUAUUUAUUUAUUACCAAUAGCUUCCUACUUUUAUAUUUAAAAAAAUAUAUACAUGUAUUUAUUUAUUUGUUCGUUUAUUUAAUUUUUCUACUUAUAGUUAUUUUACAUUUAUGUUCUUUUUUGCAUUGAAAAAUAUAUGUUUAUUUAUUACCAAUACUUUUUUAAUUUUAUGUUGUUUGUGCAGUUCAAACAUAAUAAUUAUUUUUUAUUGUAUUCUAUUUUUUACCAAGAGUUUCUUAUUUUUAUGUUUUUUUGUACACUUAAAAUUUUUAUUUAUUUAUUUAUUUAUUUAUAAUUAUCACCAAAGACUUCCUUAAUUGCGAGUUGGCGAAAAUAAUAAAUCCAUGAUGCUUAGGUUGGAACAAACAAAAAAAAUGCCAAAAUGCUAACAUAAAACAUUAGCAUGAAAAAGGUAUACACAAUUGUAAAAUGCCAACAAACAAAAAAAAAAGCUAUUCUUUUAUUUGCACAAAAAUAUUUUUGCUUUGAUAAAAUGCUAACAUAAAAAUUUCAUGCUAACGUUAGCAUGGUAACAUGAGAAACGUUAGUGUGGUUGCAAAUGGCAACAAUCUUUAAAUGUUUAAACAAAGUAAAAUCGGUCUAAAUGCUAACAUAACACAUUAGCAUGCUAACACGAGAAAAGUUAGCACAAUUACAAGAUGCUGACAAUCUUACGUUUGAACAAAGUAAAAUUUGUCAAAAUGCUAACAUAAAACAUUAGCAUGCUAACAUGAGAAAAGUUACCACAAUUACUACAUGGCAACAAUUUUACGUUUAAACAAAGUCAAAAUUGGCUAAAAUGCUGACAUAAAACAUUAGCAUGCUAACAUGAGAAAAGUUAGCACAAUUUUUUAGCACAACUGGUCCUGAAGGGGCUGUUGUUCCUGGUGACAGGUUGGUCAACAACAACAACAACAACAAACAGGAGUUAUUGUUGAAUCAGGCUCGUUGUAUGUCCGCGUCAGGGUGAUAUCACGUUGCAGAUGAUCCGUAUCGGCCAUGACUUUUCCACUUUAUCCGCUGAUUGCCAAACUGUCGACUGAUAUCGGCCCGAUAUCAACAACAACAACAAAUCAAGUGUGGACGAUAUCUGUUGGCAAGUCGGUUACGAAAAGGUAAACACGCUAGCAGCUACACAACAGCUAAGCACACGAUAGCGCACAAGCUACAACAAUGUCAAUAAGUAUCACAAUAAUUAUAGCUUCACGUUAAAAAGUUUAGUAGUAUCCUGGCCACAAAGACCACUCCACUUCACCUUAAAGACAGCCUCAGUCAAGUAUGUAUCAUCCCGGCCGAUAUCGCCUUGGAUUGACGUCGGUGUCAUGUAUCGGGACAGCCGCUGAUAUAGCGAUGAUGUCAUCCGCCUCCAUGCUUCUUUCCGUUGUUUUUCUUUUGGUUGCCGUAGUACUUGCUGUUUUCCAAUAAAAAACGGGCGGGGCUGGAAAAAAAGGGGCGUGGCCUAACGUAGAAGGCGAACUGAAUUUCACUCCUGGGAACAGAACUUCUUAUA